AUGGAAAUUUACAAGCAAAAAAUAUUCGAUUCCAUUUAUCUAAUAUUAAAUGAGAAUGAUUUGAUUAUUAAUGAUAAUGAAACAGAUGAAAGAAAGAAAAAAGCUUAUGAAACAUUUAAAUCAGCUUUUGAUAAUAUUAAAUUAUCUUUAACAAGCAAUAAUGACAUUGAUAAUUGUAUCAACAAUGUUUUAUCUACAUUGAAUAUUAAUAAUUCAAUGAAAGAAAAUUUUAAAGAUAUUUAUAAUUCAAUAUUAAAGGAAAUGGAAAAAUUAAAAUCUUCUAUUAAUUUAUUUUCACAUCAUAUGAAUGAACAAGAAAAAAAACGUAAUGAAUUUCAAACUAUUAAUCAACAAAAAGCUAAACAAUUAGAAGAAUUUGCAGCUACAAAUGCACAACAACAAAAAGUAUUGCAAGAUCUACAAAAUUUAAAUCAAGAACAACAAAAAAUUUUAAACGAUUUUAAAAAUCAAGAUAAAUUACAACAGUCAAAAAUUGAUCAUUUAGUUAAAACAAUUGAUUCAUUACAAUUAAGUUCAUCUAUUCAAAAUAUAAUGGUGGAAGCUUAUGAAGUAGUACGUCUUUUUCAAUUUUAUUAUGUUGAUGAAGCAAUACGUGCAACAAAUCAUCCAAAAAUUGAUAAUUGGCAACAAUUAACUGAUCAAUGGUGUAUACUUGAGAUGCAAUUACUUGAAUCAUUACAAAUUGAUCGAAAAGAUGUAUUCAGACAUACAUCAAUUCUUAAAUUAGUAACACCAAUUGAAAAAGAAUUAGAACAAUUAAUUCAUGUACCAUUCAAACUUCUCAAUAUACGUAAAAUAUCUAAUCAACGACAUGGUUUAGCACAUGUUAAAAUCGAUUCUGUCGAUGAACAACAAUCAUUUAUGAAACAUAUGCAAAAUGAAUUUUAUCCUGAAGAAUAUCCACAUACAUUGAUUGUCAAACAAAUAGUUAGUGUGUUAUCGGCACGUGAUGUCAGUCAACUUCGAUAUUUUAAAAACAAAACCAAAAAGAAAAAGUCUUAG